CGUGAAAAACUCGCUUCUGGUGGGGGAGUUUUUUCAGCAAAACGCAAGUGGAAAACAGUGAAAAUUUUCGUGAAACAGAGUACCAAAAACGUGUGAUAGAUCAUCUAUAUCGAGAACCGCAAUGGCCGCCCUAGAUUCCCUGGAAGAACAGAGUCUCAGGGAGUGCGAGAACUACAUUCAAACCCACAGUAUUCAGCAGAUCCUCAAGAACUGCAUCGUGCAGCUUUGCGUGCGACAACCUGAGAAUCCAAUCUCUUUUCUACGACAAUACUUUCAGCGACUCGAGCGCGAGCAAGCGAAGUUGGACGCCAGCAAGCAGGCCACUAGUCCAGAAGAGUGUGAAGAUUUGAGCCCAAUGCCACAAUCAACGGCACCGCCAGUGAGACGGCGUGGCGGAAUUUCCGCGGAGCCCGUGACUGAGGAAGACGCCACGAGCUAUGUCAAAAAGGUCGUUCCAAAGGACUACAAGACCAUGGCGGCUCUUUCAAAGGCCAUUGCCAAAAAUGUCCUCUUCUCUCACUUGGAUGAGAAUGAACGAUCAGACAUUUUCGAUGCAAUGUUCCCGGUUAAUUGCUUAACGGGCGAAUCAAUUAUACAGCAAGGCGACGAGGGUGAUAAUUUCUACGUUAUCGACCAGGGCGAAGUUGAGGUGUUUGUAAAUUCCGAACUGGUGACAACAAUCGGCGAGGGUGGGAGUUUUGGUGAACUGGCACUAAUCUAUGGGACACCGAGAGCCGCCACUGUGCGUGCUAAGACAGAUGUGAAGCUGUGGGGCAUCGAUCGUGAUUCAUAUCGACGCAUCCUGAUGGGUUCCACCAUCAGGAAGAGGAAAAUGUACGAAGAGUUCUUGUCCCGCGUGUCAAUUUUGGAGAGCCUGGACAAAUGGGAGCGACUCACGGUGGCGGACGCCCUCGAGCCGGUGAGCUUCGAAGAUGGGGAGACAAUUGUGAAACAGGGAGAACCUGGAGAUGAUUUCUACAUCAUCGUCGAGGGAUGUGCUGUUGUCCUGCAGCAAAAGGGUGAAGCUCAACAGAAUGAAGAUACAGCAGAAGUUGGACGUCUCGGUCCGAGUGACUAUUUCGGCGAAAUUGCUCUCCUCCUGGAUAGACCACGAGCGGCCACAGUGAUGGCCAGAGGUCCUCUCAAAUGUGUCAAAUUGGAUAGAGCAAGAUUCGAACGUGUCCUGGGGCCUUGUGCUGAUAUUCUUAAGAGGAACAUUACACAGUAUAACAGUUUCGUCUCACUUUCUGUCUAAGAUAACAUUAAUAAUAGAAAAAUGCAAGAAGCAGGAAGAGUUUAGAAAGAGGAGAAAUGAGCCCAAAAAUUUCAAACAGUGAUUGCCUUCAAUCAUCCAAUUUCUUUCCUGGCAUUCUAUAGGCGAAAACGUUCUCAUAUCUUUUUUGUAUAGUCUCUUUUUGGGAAAUGACAAUUGUUUACACCGAGAUAAUUGCAUUUCACUGCACAUUGAUAAGCUAAUAAAACAAAGAAGCUGAAGAAAAAAAAGAAUAGAGUGAACAAUUCAAAAGUAAAACAAUUUCUUAAUAAAAAAAAUUGUAAGAAAAUGUAUACAAAAAGUAAUUGAAAAAAUUCGUAAGAAGGAAAAAUGAUAGUAAUUGACUUGCGAAAUAUGAAUUUUUAUAUAGAACCUUUCAAUGUAUCGUAUUUAUGAGAAUUUUUAGUGAUAAAAGGAAUCAACUAUCAUCUAAUGUGGCGGCGUAAUGAAGUGAAAUAAAGCACUAUUGAGUUGUCAUUCGUCAUUGAACGAACAUAAUUUCGCUUACCUUUCCAUACAAACCAUUUCUUUUCCACUUAAAAAAAAAUGUGCACUUUCUUGUACUGCAUUGACGAAUGGUG